CGGACGCAGAGUUUGUGUCGGAUCCUCAAUGGUCGGAGCGAAGGAAGCUAGGACGGGAUCAAGGAAAGCUUCGCAUCGUAGACACCAGGCACCCUGAAGAGGUGUAGGAAGCCAGCUAGCGCCUUGCUCCCACAGUGCCAAGAACACAGUAAUAAAGCCUGACUGAGUCCUUCCCACAGCGAGGGCCAGCAUGUCUGAGACGUACGACUUCCUGUUUAAAUUCCUGGUGAUUGGCAGCGCUGGGACGGGGAAAUCUUGCCUCCUCCACCAGUUCAUUGAGAACAAGUUCAAGCAGGACUCCAAUCACACCAUAGGAGUAGAGUUUGGCUCCAGAGUGGUCAAUGUUGGUGGGAAGACGGUCAAACUGCAGAUCUGGGACACCGCUGGGCAGGAGCGAUUUCGGUCUGUGACACGCAGCUACUACCGAGGAGCAGCUGGGGCGCUGCUGGUCUAUGAUAUCACCAGCCGGGAGACGUAUAAUGCCCUGACCAACUGGCUGACAGAUGCACGGACGCUGGCCAGCCCCAACAUUGUUAUUAUCCUAUGUGGCAAUAAGAAGGACCUGGACGCAGACAGGGAGGUGACCUUCUUGGAGGCCUCCCGCUUUGCUCAGGAGAACGAGCUGAUGUUCCUGGAGACCAGCGCUCUGACAGGGGAGAACGUAGAGGAGGGUUUCUUGAAGUGCGCCCGCACCAUUCUCAACAAGAUAGAGUCAGGCGAGUUGGACCCGGAGAGGAUGGGUUCAGGUAUCCAGUAUGGAGAUGCGUCCUUGAGGCAGCUGCGACAGCCAAGAGGCACCACCACACAGAAUAAGCAGCAGUGUAACUGCUAGGGGCCGGAGCCCCACCCUCACCUCCACCCACAGGCCCACACACACAGGACAUCCCCUACAGCUCCAGGUGUUUCUGGGUGUGUGGGACCUUUACCUCUUCAGUCUCACACACCUCGGAUCACCUGCAUCAGUGGUCGUGGAGAUCACUGCAGCCCUUGACCCCUGAUCUGUGGUAAGAGCCUCCACUUCUCGCCUGGGGAGGUCAUCUCUGCCCCUGCGUUCUGGGCAGGGAAACCCCUCAGUCUGAACAUGCUGGGAUCGUGAAGAAGAGGAAUCCUCCUGGGAAAAUUGUUUCUCAGUGACUUACCAGACAAGGUCAAGGAAGUGUCAAGGGUUGUGUGUAUGGGCUGCCCUACUGUGUUUUUUUUUUUUUUUUUUUCCUUUUGUUCUUUCUGGUUUUAAAUAACACCUGCUCAUCGACGCUUUCUUACAUACACACAUCAUUGUAUGUAGCUGUAAUAUCAUUAUUAAGUUUUUGCAUAUUUUAUCAUCCAAACGAUCCGGGUAGGAUUUCAUGAUUAGCUUGGCCAGCACUUUUUGAGUUUAAACAUUCAUAGAGGCACACUUUGAUAUUUUACAUUUUAUUAACCAGUCUUUCAACCCUUAUUUGCACUGAACAGCACUCCUUGUAAAUUCAUUCAUUUGUAACGUGAUAUACAGAUCAGUCUAAAUGUGUCCUGGCGCCUCUCAAGAGUUCAUGUGCAAAAGAUUUUGGUUUAGACUUAAUGUAGAUAUAUUUAAAACCGUAUACUGUACAAAUCUUUGUCAUGGUUCCUGCAGUUGUUGUCCAAUAUUUUAUUUUUUCCAGACCUGAUGCAAAUUGGAGCAGCUAAUGCUGGGUUAAUCUUCUGAAUCAUACAGACCCAAAUGUAGAGCCCAGGCCUUUUACUCAGUCUGAGGUGUCUGUUACAUUCAGUCUGUUAACUGUUUUGUUUAUUGAAUUGCGUUGAAAUGCACUAUUAUGAUGUAGAAUAUUGGCCUUGGUAAUAUACUUGAUAUUGUGGAUGUAUAUUAUUCCCAGUCGCCAUGUCCAAAUUGUCAGUGGUGCCUCCAAAGGGAAUGGUCCAAUCACUCCACUCCCACAUAAAGUAAGUGUGUGGGUCAUGUUGAAAGCACAAACACAAGAGAAAUUUUGCUCUUUAAUUUACUCCAAAGGUCACAAGUCAAACGUUUUGCAUUAUCUGAUUGCCCACGCUCACCCCAGCCCAUGUUUAGGUCCGUGUGUCUCCGGCAUCACAGUGGAAGGUUAAGAGAGGGCCAUCUGUCCGUGCAAAGCCAACAGUGUCUUUGCCCUCUCCUGCUGGACUGUUUCUCCUCUUUAUCCUGACCUCCUUUUAAUUUAUUGCCGCUCCACAAGCCCAUGCCCAUACAAGGCAGGUCACAGGAAACCACACAUUUGCUUGAGUGCCAAGCAUGGGGAAACUUUUAUGCCACCCACCCACCCACUCACUCAAGUCACAGGGGCUCAUCACUGUUUCAGGGAGGCUGCACGUACGCUUUGAUAAAGUGAGCUUGUGUUUUCAUCCUCCCGAUUAGCUGUCGCUUAUUCAUCCAGCACAAGAAGCAGCAGUCCUCCUCUGCUGUUUAGUGUCACUGAGUUUGCAGCUGACCUAGAUGUUUUCUCCUCAGAGCAGACCCAGCGUUGCCCCAGAGAGAAAGGGGGGAUUUCCAGCGCAACAUGGUUUCCUCUUUCCAUGUAUCACCGGCUGGGGGUUUGUGGUGGCGCUGGAAGAGAGCGGGGUUGCGAGCGAAAAACUUAACCAACAUCCCAUGUCCCCUGCCCUGCUGUUGAGUCACAUCAGGCUCCGCUUCUGUCGAAACCACCGAAAACAGGUCGCACCAACCCAGCAAAACAAACAGCCCGCACACCCGUCUCAUGUCCUUUUUUUCUCUCCAGUGUUAGCGUGCGUUCACGUAGACCAGCUGUAUGCUUUAAGGCUCGAGCGAGGCAGCACACUUGGGGAGAAAGAUGUUGAAUUUCCCAAGCAGGAGAUCGUACAUGACAUCACGAAACAGACCGGUCAAAACAUGUUGUUUUUGGAAAACAUUGGCUUUGUGUGAUAGUUUGUCUUCUUCUGCAAGUGCACUUUUACUUUUGAAUUUUCUUUAUUUUGUUUUGUUUUUUUGUUUUGUUAAUAUGCUGUAACUACAGAACUGUACAUUUUAUUUUACUUGAAAUGUAAACUGUAAUAAAGAUUUUAAUUGUAGAUGUUAUCAUUUCUUACUAAAGAACAACUGAGUUCUUUCUUUUUCCUUGGAUGUUUCUGCUGUCACAAGGCAGGCCUGGUGUGCUGGUGAUAAACCCUUCUGCUGUCUGAGGCUUGAUUUGUUUAUUGCUCGCUGCUCUUGUAGAGGUGAUGAUGAAGGGAUUUUGACUUCCUGAGCUGCAGGAGCCUGUCAACAACAACUCAUAUUCACAAGUUGUUGCACACACUGUACAGCCGCUUCAUCUAAAUCGUUGAAUAUUGAAAGAGACAGUCUGCAUUUUAAAUGUACGUGUUUAAUAUGUCGUGUGGCUCAUACGCACUCACCAAAUUAGCCAUAUAAUCAGCUUUUUUCUUUUUUUCUUUUUUAACUUCAUCCAGCCUACUGUUACAUUCAGUUUGGAUUCAAUCCAAUGAUGAAUGCAAUCCAACUCAGUUGUUGCUUAGUAACUAAUAUUAGUUUAUCAACCCAAAAACUACUGUACAUCUCGAGUAAUCUAUGCUGUAAAUAAGAUUGAAUUUGUCUAUUGUCUAUUAAGGGUGAGUAUUGCUCAUUGAUUGUAAUGAUUAUGGAAUUCCCAGUAAACUGCUUGUUUUUUAAGUUAA